AUGGAAACAGCAAACAUUUGUCAAACUCGGGCAGAAAGAGGCUCAGAGCCAUCUGUUUCCCCCACCUUUGCCAACUGCGGACCAAAAGCCAUGGGCUCUGGAAGGGUGGCGCUGGCCCCACCAGCCAAAAAUGUGGUGGUCUAUCGCAAUGGAGACCCCUUCUUCCAGGGUCGGAGGUUGGUGGUCAGCCAGCGACGCUUCCUGACCUUCGAGGCCUUUUUGAACGAAGUGACCAGCAUCAUCCAGGCCCCUGCGGCUGUACGGAGCAUCUACACCCCCCGCCAGGGACACCGGGUUGAUGGCUUGGAAGUCCUGCAAAAUGGGCAGCACUAUGUCGCAGGGGGCUUUGAACGCUUCAAGAGGCUCGAUUAUCUAAACCCUGAAAUGAAGCCACUGAACAGAAAGAUGAAAAAAGACAGAACACAAGACUAUCCAGGUAUUUCCCAAAGGACCUCAAGUCUAGGCCAAGGGAGGAGACCCACAAGCUUGCCCUGCAUCAUACACAUUUUCCGCAACGGGGACCUGCUGAGCCCUCCUUUCCGCCUGAUCCUCAGCAAGAGCGUCCUGCAAGACUGGAACACUGUCCUCGAACUUCUGUCCGAAAAGGCCAACUUGCGCAGCGGAGCCGUCAGAAAGCUCUACCGGCUGAACGGGGAGCUGGUGUCCGGCGGCAAGGAGCUGGUCAGUGGAGACUACUACGUGGCCGUGGGGCUGGAGCCCUACAAGAACCUGCCCUACUUUGAGCUCCUGGUGCCCCCCAAGAUGGUUCUCCAGUCCUUCCGGAACUUCCCCAAUAACCGACGGUGGACCCAGAAUCCAGGGAUUGGCAAGCUCCUUUUGCUUUCCCAAGAAGGGUCCAGCGGCUCUGACUUCCUUGAACCACCGCAGCAGGACUCUCAGCCAGCCCAGUCCACCGGAGCAGAGCAGGCCGAAAAGGCCCCCAUUGGCCCCCCUGCCGCAGCCCCAGGGCACAAAGCGGGCAGGAAACCCCAGGAGAAGGAGGCAUCGGUCUUCCAUGCCAAGGCAGCCCAGAAGGAAGAACACAGCCAGGAACCACGUCAGAACACGGAGCAAGAAGGACGAAGCGUCUACAAAAGGAAAGGUGCGCGGAAGGAGAUGGCCCAUGCACCAGAGGUGGGGGAGGAUGAGGACACACAGGUGGAGCUGCCCUUGGACCAGAAAGAUGCAGAGACAGUGGAAGAAGAGGUUAUGCCCAAGACCUUGCCACGCAGAAAGGCCGAGUCCACAGACAAAGUGCAGGCGGUUCAUCCCAUUCGGCGCUCAGCUGGAGACACAGGACAGGAAGUGGCCCAAAAGUACCACUUCCUCCCGACUUGGAAAAAGGCGGCUGCGCCGGAGAAAUGACCUUCUUAACAACAGAGGCCCAGCCAGUUUUUAUUCCCCUGCAAGUGGGGUUUGGGGAGGUCUUUUCUCUUGCCCUCUCUCAUGGAAGU